CCAUCCGGCCCCGUCCCGCCGCACGCCCACCAUCCAUGAGCUCCACGCAGUUCAACAAGGGCCCCUCGUACGGGCUGUCGGCCGAGGUCAAGAACCGGCUCCUGUCCAAAUAUGACCCCCAGAAGGAGGCAGAGCUCCGCAGCUGGAUCGAGGGACCCACCGGCCUCUCCAUCAGCCCCGACUUCCAGAAGGGCCUGAAGGACGGAACUAUCUUAUGCACACUCAUGAACAAGCUACAGCCGGGCUCUGUCCCCAAGAUCAACCGCUCCAUGCAGAACUGGCACCAGCUUGAAAACCUGUCCAACUUCAUCAAGGCCAUGGCCAGCUACGGCAUGAACCCUGUGGACCUCUUCCAGGCCAACGACCUGUUUGAGAGUGGGAACAUGACGCAGGUGCAGGUGUCUCUUCUCGCCCUGGCGGGGAAGGCCAAGACUAAGGGGCUGCAGAGUGGGGUGGACAUCGGCGUCAAGUACUCGGAGAAGCAGGAGUGGAAUUUCGACGACGCCACCAUGAAGGCCGGCCAGUGCGUCAUCGGGCUGCAGAUGGGCACCAACAAAUGCGCCAGCCAGUCGGACAUGACCGCGCAUGGCACAAGGAGGCAUCUCUAUGACCCCAAGAACCAUAUCCUGCUGCCCAUGGACCACUCGACCAUCAGCCUCCAGAUGGGCACGAACAAGCGUGCCAGCCAGGUAGGCAUGACGGCUCCCGGGACACGGCGGCACAUCUAUGACACCAAGCUGGGAACCGACAAGCGUGACAACUCCUCCAUGUCCCUGCAGAUGGGCUACACGCAGUGCGCCAACCAGAGCACCCAGGUCUUUGGCCUGGGCCGGCAGAUAUAUGACCGCAAGUAGUGCCCGCAAGGCACAGUGGCCAACGGGGCUCCCUCGGGCACCGGCGACUGGCCGGACCUGGGGGAGGUCCCUGAAUAUCCCCCUUACUACCAGGAGGAGACCGGCUACUGAGGCUCCCCGCACACUCUCUCCCCACAUCGUCUCCCCAUCUGAGUUUUUCAGUUUUUCUGUGUUUUCAUCUUUUUUUUUUUCUUAACUGGUUCAGUGCUGCCAGUCAACCAAGGGUCUGUGAGUGCCAGCGUGGGAUCAGGCAGCAGAGCUUUUUUCCCCUUUGCCUUGAUCCUUCGCAAGACUGAGAAACUGGGCUGUGGGGGAAGGGGUCAAGGCCAUAUCCCAAUAUGUGUAGGUCGGGUCCUUGCUGGCACGUUCAGGCUGUGCUGGGGAGAAGAGACCUGGGCUUGGAAGGAACUGGUCCCCGAAGGUUUCUGUUUGUCUCGCCUCUUCCCCCUUUUGUCAGCUGAGCAGUUUGUGUUUCUGUGCCCCCAAGUUUCAGGAAGUAUUCACAAAAGAAAAAUACAUAUUUUUUUUCCCGAGAAGUGGGGCAGGGACAGUGGAGAGGGUGCUGGGAAAUGAGUACCCUGGGAAAGGGGGCCUGGCCAUGAUGCUAAAUAUCUUCAGUCCCAAGUGACUGCACUUCCCUAGGACCUUGAGACCAACAGAUCUCAGACCCUCAGACCUGCCCCAGGGCCAGGUGGGGAAAGUGAGGGCCAUAACAAGGAAGUGAA